AUGUUUCUGGUAUUUCAGGAAUCAGUGACAUUCAAGGAUGUGGCUGUGGAAUUCACUAGAGAGGAAUGGGUACAAUUGAACCCAUCUCAAAAAAAGUUGUACAGGCAUGUGAUGCUGGAGAACUAUAGGAACUUGGUGUCUUUGGAGAGCAGAGAAUUUACUGGAGAUAAACCUCCUGAAUGUAAUGAAUGUGGGAAGGCCUUGUGGAGCAAGGAGCAUCGAAUGCAUCUUGCUUUCCUGCCUACCGCACCACUGUUGGCAUUCGUUGGAUCCCUGACUGGUACUGCAGCCACCUUUGGCAUCCUGUACCUAUCUGUGGGGAACCUCUUGGAAGAACUAGCCAUGGGCCUGGCAUGUACAGUGAAGCUUGUCACUAGCCUCCAAACACAGGUCGACUCACUUGCUCUCAUGGUUAGAGACUGGCUCAGUACAAUCCUGUUAACACUUUGCGAAAACACAGCCCAGACCACAGCAAAGCCUUCCGUCCUCCCGGGGUCCCUGCUGGCGGGCCGGCACCCUCUCGACCUCUCCUCCUGCCCUGGGUCCACUCGCGUCCUGCCCCUCAGGCCUGGAAACUCCCGGGAGCUGAGCGAGCGCUCUGUGCCUCCACCCCCCAACUCUUGGUUUCCUUCGUCGGAGCCGCCGCUUCCCUUCGUGGUUGCGUCACUUCCUUCGGCAAGAUGGCGGCGCACACGAAGCAUUUCCUUAGAGCUGCAGCCUACCUCGCACGAGGUAAGGGAAGCAGCGGAGAGGGCAAGGUUCCAAGUCAACCAGGAACGGGAGGGGCGGGGCAGGCAGGGAGACCGGACCGUAUUCCAGGGCGAGGGAGGGGCCGAGCUCCAGGCAUGCGCAGAAGGCGCCUCAGCCUCCAGACUACCGUUCCCAGGAAGCCUUGCGCGCCUCGGGGGGCAUUUUCCAAGCCUAAGGGAGGGAAAGUUGGGCUUCCGUCUUCCAAUGUCACUUACUUCUUGUUUCUUCUCCGCCUCUUCCAAGCUUGUUGGGGGAGGCUUCCCUUCCGUGGUCCUGAGCUCAAGUGUGACGGGCUCUGCCUUCUGUGGCCUCUGCCCUGCCCCUGUAGGUGGGAACCUUGAGGAAGAGGGAAUGGCUCCUAUGCUGACAGCCAGGCCUGGACAGGAAUCGGUGACAUUCAAGGAUGUGGCAGUGGAAUUCACCCAGGAGGAAUGGAUACAAUUGAACCGAUCUCAGAAAAAGUUGUACAGGGAUGUGAUGCUGGAGAACUAUGGGAACUUGGUCUCUCUGGGAUUUGCAGUUGACAAACCAGAUGUGAUCUACCAGUUGGAAAGAAAUGAAGCAUCUUGGACGCCAGAGGCAAAUACUCCAAGAAACAGCUGUCCAGAGAGCAGAGAAUUUAUUGGAGAUAAACCUCUUGAAUGUAGUGAAUGUGGGAAGGCCUUCAGGAACAAGAAGUAUCUUUCUGUGCAUCAGAAAAUUCAUACUGGAGAGAAACCUCAUGAAUGUAGUGAAUGUGGGAAGGCCUUCAGGUAUAAGUCAAAACUUAUAUUGCGUCAGAGUAUUCAUACUGAAGAGAAACCUUAUGAAUGUAGUAAAUGUGGAAAGACCUUCAGGUGGAAGUCGUAUCUGAACCUGCAUUACAGAAUUCAUACUGGAGAGAUGCUUUAUGAAUGUAAGGAGUGUGGGAAGGCUUUUCUCUCCAACUCUGAACUUGUUAAGCAUCAAAGAAUUCAUACAGGAGAGAAACCUUACAAAUGUAGUGAAUGUGGAAAGACCUUCAGGAGUAAGAGACGUCAUACUGAGCAUCACAGAAUUCAUACUGGAGAGAUGCUUUAUAAAUGUAAGGAGUGUGGGAAGGCUUUUCUCUCCAACUCUGAACUUGUUAAGCAUCAAAGAAUUCAUACAGGAGAGAAACCUUAUGAAUGUAGUGAAUGUGGGAAGAUCUUCAGGAGUAAAUCAGAGCUUACUUUGCAUCGGAGAAUUCAUACUGGAGAGAAACCUUAUGAAUGUAGUGAAUGUGGGAAGACCUUCAGGAAUAAUUCAGAGCUUACUGUGCAUCAGAGAAUUCAUACAGGAGAGAAACCUUACGAAUGUAGUGAAUGUGGAAAGGCCUUCAAGAGUAAGAGGCGUCAUACUUUACAUCAGAGAAUUCAUACUGGAGAGAUGCUUUGCAAAUGUAAGGAAUAUGGGAAGACUUUCCCCUCUAACUCAGAACUUGGUAAGCAUCAUAAAAUUCAUACAGGAGAGAAACCUUAUGAAUGUAGUGAAUGUGGAAAGGCCUUCAGGAUUAAGUCAGAGCUUACUAUGCAUCAGAGAAUUCAUACUGGGGAGAAACCCUAUCAAUGUAGUGAAUGUGAGAAGGCCUUCAGGAUUAAGUCACAACUUACAGUGCAUGAGAAAAUUCAUGCUGGGGAGAUGAUUUAUAAAUGUAAGGAGUGUGGGAAGGCUUUUCUCACCAACUCAGAACUUGUUAAGCAUCAAAGAAUUCAUACGGGAGAGAAACCUUAUGAAUGUAGUGAAUGUGGUAAGGCCUUCUUUAGAAAGCCAGAGCUUAGUGUGCAUAAGAGAAUUCAUACUGGAGAGAAACCUUAUGAAUGUAGGGAAUGUGGAAAGACCUUCAGGAGUAAGAGACGUCAUACUGAGCAUCAGAGAAUUCACACGGGAGAGAGACUUUAUGAGUGUAAGGAAUGUGGGAAGGCUUUUCUCUGCAACUCAGAACUUGUUAAGCAUCAAAGAAUUCAUACUGGAGAGAAACCUUAUGAAUGUAGUGAAUGUGGAAAGGCCUUUAGGUGUAAAACACAACUUACAGUGCACCAGAGAGUUCAUACUGGAGAGAAACCUUAUGAAUGUAGGGAAUGUGGGAAGACCUUGAGGAGUAAGAGACGUCAUACUUUGCGUCAGAGAAUUCACACUGGAGAGAUACUUUAUGAAUGUAAGGAGUGUGGGAAGGCUUUUCUCUCCAACUCAGAACUUGUUAAGCAUCAAAGAAUUCAUACGGGAGAGAAACCUUACGAAUGUAGUGAAUGUGGAAAGGCCUUUAGGAGUAAGGCACAACUUACAGUGCACCAGAGAGUUCACACUGGAGAGAAACCUUAUGAAUGUAGUGAAUGUGGGAAGACCUUCAGGACUAACUCACAACUUACAGUGCAUCAGAAAAUUCAUACUGAUGAGAAACCUUAUGAAUGUAGUGAAUGUGGAAAGACCUUCAGGAGGAAGCUACAUCAUACUUUACAUCAGAGAAUUCAUACUGGUGACAUUCUUUAUGAAUGUAAGGAAUGUGGGAAGGCUUUCCCCUAUAACUCACAUCUUACUCAACAUCAAAAAAUUCAUACUGGAGAGAAACCUUAUGAAUGUAGUGAAUGCGGGAAGGCCUUCAAGAGUAACUCACAUCAUAGAGUACAUCAGAGAAUUCAUACUGGAGAGAAACCUUAUAAAUGUAGCAAAUGUGGAAAGGCCUUCACGAGAAAGGCACAUCUUACUGUGCAUCAGAAAAUUCAUGCUGGAGACAUUGUUUUUGAAUGUAAGGAGUGUGGGAAGGCUUUCCUGUGCAACUCGGAACUUACUCUACAUCAAAGAAUUCAUACUGAAGAGAAAUCUUAUAAAUACAAAAAGGCCUUCAGGAGGAAGGCACAACUUACUGAGCGUCAAAAAACUCGUAUUAGAGAGAGACAAUAUGAAUGCAGUAAAUGUGGAAAGGCCUUCAGGAAGAAGGAGUAUCUUACUGUACAUCAGAAAAUUCAUACUGGAGACUUUCUUUAUAAAUGCAAGGAGUGUGGGAAGACUUUCCCCUACAACUCAGAUCUUACUCAACAUAAAAGAAUUCAUACUGAAGAGAAACCUUAUGAAUGUGAUGAAUGUGGGAAGACCUUUACCUUACAGACCUUUACUCAACACCAAAGAAUUCAUUCAGGAAAAAAGCCUUAGGAAUGGAAUGCAUGUAGGAAGGCCUUUGAAUGGAGGUCACUACUUAAUGUCCAUCAGAGAAUUCAUCCUGGUGAGAUUCCUCAUGAAUGUAAGGAGUAUGGGAAGGCCUUCCAUUGCAACUCAGAUCUUAUUAAACAUCCAGAAUUCAUGCUGGAGAAAAAAAAAACCUCGUGUGUGUAGUGAAUAUGAGAAGACCUUAAGGAAGAAGCCACAUCUUAAUGUGCAUCAGAGAAUUCAUACUGGAGAAAUUGUUUAAGAAUGUGAGUAAUGUGGGAAGACCUUCCAUCACCAGUCAGAUCUUUCUCAACUUCAAAUAAUUCAUACCUUAUGAAUGUAAUGUACAAGGGAAGGCCUUCCACCUGAGUGUUGUUUUUACUCAACAACCGACAUUCAUACUGGAGAGAGACUUUAUGAAUGCAAUGAAUGUGGGAAGAUCUUUAGCCUGAAGACACAACUUGCUCAACAUCAAAGAACUAAUUCUGUGGAGAAGCCUUUUGAGUUUUUCUGAAGGGGAUGCCUUUAGACUAAGGACACUGUAUCUAUCAGUGAAUUCAUACUAGAGUGAUCCUUCAUGAAUGUAAGGGGUGUGGAACUGACUAGUUGACUAGACUGUGAUUCUGAAUCCCUGGAUGCAGCUCAGAGAACCCUUAUUUUAACCCCAUGGGAGAAGAUAUCCCUCCCCUCUGCAGAGGCCUCAAAGGAGAAAGGCUGCCUAUGUGUCUCUUUUGUUCUGGACCUGUGAUUUCAUCCUUAUGGGGAAGUCAUUGUGUGGAUUAUCUACCCCCAUCAAGAUGGACAACAGCUCUAUAAACCAGGGCUGUCCAACCUUAGGUUUUUAUUGAAACAAUAGACAAUAUAUUUUAAUUUGCCAUUUUAGUGAGACCUCUGAGGUAGCUUGCCUUUGGUUACUAAAGCAUUUAUAUAAAUUUUUAUGCUUGUAGGCAGACCACAUAAAUAGUACCGCGGGCUGCGUUUUGGACAGCCCUACUGUAAACAAUUGUCCUAGGCAAACCAUGAUUCUAGAGGACUGAAGAUAAUCAUACCGCCCAUCUCUUUCUGGAAAGGUGAUAGAUUUAAAAUACAGAUUGAAACUUAAAUUUUGGGGUAUGACCAAUGUGGGGAUUUAUUUUGCAGGACUAUACAUGUCUGUAUGUAUGUGUUGAUGAUCAUUUUUAUAUAAAUCUAGUAAUUUCAAUAAGAGGAAGAGCCUGAAUUGUUUGACCAGAGGGAGAGCCCAAACUGAUUAACUAGGCUUAAGCUGAUUAACCAGAAGAAGAAUUUGAACCUAGCAACCUCUUUGUUCUCAAAGUAAACUCAGAGAAUACCUUUUCCUGUGUCAGCAAGGCCAGAUCAGCUGACCUAAGAGCAUUCUUUCCUCUGCCUAUUAACCAUUAAAGGAUGAGACCCUUAUCCCAAGAAACUCUCUUGCUUAAUAUUUUAUGGGCGUAGACUAUGUUAUGGAAUGUUAAUGGUAAAUUAAACACAGAAAUGCUAGGUUAUAGUUUCAUCUGACCCUUGUCAACUCUCUU